AAUAGUGAAUAGCUUGCCCAUCCUCGAAUUAUUCUACUCUCUGGAGAACAUCCACUCCCGAUAUUACGACAUGCCACCCUGUCUCCCUGCCGUCCCCCCCCCCCCAAAUCCCUUGUGGGCCCAUCCAUGGCCCAAUCCUACCUCUGCCUUUCACGGUCUUUCUGCAUGUCGAAUCUUCCAACCCAACCUACCUUCCUAUCCUCGUUAUCCACUAUACCAACCAUCUUCAUUUUUUAUUUUCCUUUACAUUUCCCCCUUUCUUUGACAGCUUCCCUCCGAGUCGUUGAAAAUUAUCGGCCGCAUGCCGUCGUUAUUCAGUCGCUCGUGAAAAUAACCCGGCUAACACGAACUGGAAGGCAGAACCGAAGCCGACCAUCAAUUCUUUCCGCUGUAUCCAUUCAACACCAUCGACACUACUGCCGACCCGACCCCCCCAACGACAAGCUGUGACUCGACUCAUUUGAGAAGAACAGGCAGAAGUUGUUCUAGUCGUAUAUCGCCGGAGCCUCGAAAUCACCCACCUUCGUCCGUUUCCCCCAAAACCCAAACCAAAAACCCGCCCGCAUCCCAAACGAACCCAACCCAACCGUCGAGAUGCUCACCUGGUGAUCUACCGCUCCCGCCGUUACUGUUCUCCGCCC